CGAUUUAAUUGCCUUGUAAAAUUUCAUUCUCUCUCUCUCUCUCUCUCUCACACACACACACACUUUGCUUCUAGUCAUGGCUGGUGCCGGUUCUGCUGUGAUGAUGGUGGCUGUUAUCAUGCUUUGCAGCAGAGUUUUUGCUGAUCCUGACUUGCUUCAAGAUAUUUGUGUUGCUGAUCUCACUUCUGAAUUGAAGGUGAACGGAUAUACAUGCAAGUCAAACGUAACCGCGGAUGACUUCUUCUUCGGCGGCCUAGCAAAGGGCGGCGCCACCAACAACUCCGUCGGCUCAGCUGUGACCGGCGCCAACGUUCAGAAAAUCCCGGGCCUCAACACCCUCGGCGUCUCCUUGGCCCGCAUCGACUAUGCCCCGGGCGGCCUCAACCCACCGCACACGCACCCACGCGCCACAGAGGUCGUGUUCGUGCUCAAAGGUGAGCUCGACGUCGGCUUCAUCACCACCGCCAACGUCCUCAUCUCCAAGUCCAUCAAGGAAGGGGAGGUUUUCGUUUUCCCUAAAGGGCUAGUCCAUUUUCAGAAGAACAAUGGCGAUUCCCCUGCGGCCGUCGUCGCCGCCUUCAACAGCCAGCUCCCGGGAACGCAGUCCAUCGCCGCCACCUUGUUUGCUGCCACGCCGCCGGUGCCGGAUAAUGUGCUCACCAAGGCGUUCCAGAUUGGCACCAAGGAGGUUGAUAAGAUAAAGGGCAAGUUUGCACCAAAGAAUUAGUGAUAUGUGUGUAGGAUGAAUAAUGAUUUUUAUUUCGAUUGUUGUAAUGGUAAAGUUCUUUCUAAUGCUCUUUGAUUGAGAAUAAACUUAAUAAAAUUCCGUGAUAAGUAUUUAA